GACUAUGCAAAUUCUCAGUCAAUGCUUUACAUGAGUGCUCUAACACUCACAACUAUAUAAUAUGCGCAUACAUAUGAGAGAAAGAUCAAAUUUGAAUCUUCAAGUAUCUCUACAGAGGCAGAGAGAGAUUUGCAUUGAAAAUGUUUCCCAUUAGAUGGUUAUCAUCAUUAUUAGUGAUUGGGGUUCAGUUUUUGUUUAUCCAAAAUGCUUGGUCAAAGCCCUAUGAGAUGCCUACCAACUGCAAGAGACUAGAAUGCCCUUCUUAUGUGGUUCUUCACCACUUCAAUGAAUUUGAGAUCAGGAGCUACCAGGGCCACACUAUCUGGAUGUCCACAAAAGAGAUUAGCAGCAACUCGUAUAAAGAGGCUGCCAAUGAAGGCUUUGAAACACUCUUUGACUAUAUACAAGGCAAGAACAAUGUCCACAUGAAAAUUGAAAUGACGGCACCGGUCCUUGUCGAUAUUGUCCCAUCAUCAAGCCCUCUCUGCAACUCCACUUUCGCCGUAAAAUUUUAUGUGCCCAAAAAACACCAGAAGAAGCCACCAGUUUCCAGUCAAGUCGAGCCGGAACAGUGGCCAGGAAAUCAAUAUGUAGCAGCUAGAAGAUUCGGAGGUUUCAUGAAUGACUCAAAUGUAGCAAUGGAAGCAUUGGCUUUGAAGGAGAGCUUGGAGAAAAGCCCAUGGGCUUCUAGAACUUCUUUAAAACGAAGGAAGGGCAGUUCUGAGUUCACAGUUGCUGGGUAUGAUUCCCCAUAUGAGUAUGACAAUAGGGUCAAUGAGGUUAUGAUAUUUUUAAAUGAUUAUUGAUGGGUGUACAAGAACUUUAUUAAGGGAAAAUAAUAUGAAAAGUCUCUCUCCCUCUCUCCUCUUUUUUCUCACUUGCACAAACAAGAGGAGACUGUUGCAUAACUGCCAUUAAGAAAUCAUGUCUUAUCUCUCCUCUCUCUCUUUACUCUUUUCUCAUCCCUUGCUUUGCACCUUGAGAAUGAAGAUAUAAUAUUGAGAAGGUUUUGGUUGGAAGCUCGGGAUAUUUGUGGUAAUAAGGUAGUGGCUUUCAAUCAUGUCUUUAGGAAAGCGAAU